AUGGUGAAAACGCAGCCGAACUCGUUUCCCAAUGAAUUCUCGACUCUGAUUUCUGACUACUGUGCAUUUACACGGGUCGGCAUUAGAAAGGGACGGGCGACGCCGCUAGCUACAGGCAGGUGCGCGCGCGAGCGGGACAGAUAUAGAUGCGCGCGCGCCGCUCGCUUUUGGUUUCGACGAAUCUUCGCGGCCAAAUUAACAGUUACAUUUGACGAAUUGACACGAAUCUCAUAA